AUGGCAAGCAAUUCGACCGAGAGCAAUGAUCCCUGGCAACUUCCGAGGCUCGCCCAUACGAACACCAGAAGGAUAUCUGACCAGAGUGAGGACCUAGCGGGCAUGACUGCCGGGGCCAGCGCAGCUGCACAAGCUGAGAAGGAGAUGACGUUGAGAGAGGCCUUGGUAUCAUGCCGCAAAGCAGUGUUAUGGUCGGUCUUGUUCACCAGUUCCGUCAUCAUGGAAGGCUUCGACCUAGCCCUACUCUCGGGCUUCUAUGCCUACCCCCAGUUCCUGAAAGCUUAUGGCAGGAAGCAUCCCGAGAUAGACAAGCACGAGCUCCCUCCGACUUGGCAGACAGCACUAUCGGCAGGUGCCAUGAUCGGUCAAAUCAUCGGGCUAUCGAUAGCAGGUCUCGUGGCCCAGAGGAUUGGGUAUAAGAGAACCAUGAUCGGGGCCUUGUCCCUUAUGAUCGCGUUUAUCUUCAUCCCCUUUUUUGCUGACUCACUUGAAAAGCUUUUCGUCGGCGAGAUCAUGCAAGGCAUUCCGUGGGGCGUCUUCGAGACGAUGCCGGCAGCUUAUGCAUCCGAGAUCUCACCUCUCGCGCUUCGCCCAUACAUAACCACAUGGGCUAACAUGUGCUGGGUCCUUGGCCAGCUCAUCGCAGCAGCCGUACUGAGAGGCUUCUUGCACAUGGAAAACCAGUGGGCGUACCGCAUUCCAUUCGCCUUGCAAUGGGUUUGGCCGAUCCCUAUACUAGCCCUCAUUUUCUUCGCACCUGAAUCACCGUGGUGGCUCGAAAGGAAUGGUCAGUCCGACAGGGCCAAGCUCUCCUUUAGAAGGUUGACAAACUACAAAACGGAAACCAUACAGAACACGAUGGAGUUGAUCAAACACACGAUUGCAAUCGAGAACCGACACCAUAUUCCGAACGACCGACAGAGUCCAUGGCUGAAGAUCAAGAGCACACUGAGCACGUAUGUCGAGUGCUUCAAGGGUGUUGACCGCCGCAAAACCGAGAUCACAUGUCUCGCAUGGGCGAGCCAAUCACUAUGUGGCUCAAACCUGAUGGCAUUCGCACCCUACUUCUUCACGAUUGCAGGGCUGGAGACGGCCCAUGCAUACACUCUCCAACUGGGCGGCAUGGCUCUGGGGGCGUGCGGUGUUGUGGGUGCGUGGUUCCUGAUGAGUCGUGCGGGGCGUCGAACGAUAUAUGUCUGGGGUUUGUUCACCUUAUUCUUCAUAUUGCUGACGAUCGGAUUGCUGGGCGCCUUCGCGCUGAAGAGAGAUGGUGCCGCAUGGGUCAUUGCGAUCUUGUUGUUGUUAUACAUUGUCGUUUACGACUUGACAGUAGGGCCAUGCUGCUACUGCAUCGUUACCGAGUUCCCUUCGACCAGGCUGAGGGCCGCAACAGUGGCUCUAGCCCGGAUAUGCUAUAACGUCUGUGGUAUAUUAAGCGUGACACUGAACCCCCGAAUGUUGAACACUCUUGGGUGGAAUUGGGGUCCGAAGGCUGCUUUACUCUGGGCAGGCUUAUGUUUCUUGUGCUGGUGCUGGGCGUUCUGGCGUCUUCCCGAACCCAAAGGCAGGAACUUCGGCGAGCUAGACGUCAUGUUCCAACAAAAGAUCAAGGCGAGAGAUUUCAAGAAGCAGCGCGUGGACCAAUUUGGUUUCACGGCCAUGGACGUCAAGAGGUCGGAGGCGAAGCGGUCGAACCAUGUUGAAACACCUUCGGGAGGCACCAUUCAAGAAGAGGCCACGUCUGUAUAA